GUGGCUAGUUUAUCGCCAAACAAUGGACAGCCCCGAAUGCUUCAGCGCUGCCCACUUCCAAAAGUACUUGACAAGCGUUCUGGAAUCUCAGCACAGCCGAAGUGCUCGCCUCUCAGCCUACAGCCGGAAAAAAAUGAGGUUACUGGUAGUUCUGCAAGGAUACACAGACGUGAUCGACGUGGUGCAGGCCCUGCAGACUCACCCGGACGCAGAGGUCAAAGCCGCUUUUAUCAUUGGCGCCAUCUCCACUUGCGUGGAACCGCUGAGCUGCUACAUGGAGCACAGAUAUCUUUUCCCCAAGUUCCUGGACCAGUGUUCACAAGGUUUGGUGAGCAACGUGGUCUUCACGAGCCAGACAGCCGAGCAGAGGAACCCGCCGCUAGUCCAGCUCCAGCAGCUCAUCCGAGCAGCGAACCCGGCCAUCUCAUUUAUCCUGGCGGAAAACGGGGUUGUGACCAGGAAUGAAGAUAUCGAACUAAUUCUCUCCGAAAGCAGUUUUUCAAGCCCACAGAUGCUGACUGCUCGCUACUUAACUUAUCCUGGCUGGUACGAAGGCAAAUUUCGAUCCGGUUCAGUCAUCCCUCCCAUGGUCCAGAUCUGUGUGUGGUUUAGCCGUCCUCUGGAGAAAACACGCUUUGUGGCCAAAUGUAAAGCUCUGAAGUCCUCCAUUAAGUCAAGUCCUUUCUCUGGAAACAUAUACCACAUCUUGGGCAAAGUAAAGUUUUCAGAUUCGGAUCGGCUCGUCGAAGUCUGCCACAACACUUCCUCCAACUCGCUAAGCCUGGUGCCCAUUCAGGAGGGGCCGAGCCCUCCUCCUGAUUUGAGAAACGAGAGCCGAGACCACGGCGGACUGCAGGAGUUCUUCCUGGUCUUUGUGGGCUGCUCCCUGAAGGAAGAAGACAUCAAAGACUGGCUGAGGACGACUGCCAAGCAG